AUGUGCAUCACCCCACAAAAAAUCCUCAAGCAAACAGCCUUGUUCCAGCACCUUCUUCUUCCCAUUCCAGCCGGCGCCCCCAUUUCCUUCUUCUUUUCAGCCGCAGGUCCCGUUCUUCUCCUUCUCCGCAGCAGCGUCUCCCUCACCGGCCAGCAGCAGUUCGUCUUCCUCCAGCAGACCCGGUUGCUCCACCCAACAGCCUCCACAGCGGCUCCCUUCUUCCUCAGCUCCGACCCACACACGGCUGUGCCCACAGACCCGCGGUUGCUCCCUGCGCCCAGGAAACACUUCUUCCUUCUCCUCUUGGCGGCAGUUCGUCUCCAUCAACAGCAGCCGGCCACACCCGGAGAAACCCACACCUGUAGCAGCUCCUCCCAGCAAGCCACCUCGCCGUCUCCUUCAACCAGCGCCCACAGACCAGCAGCUCCAUGGUCCAGCGACCGGCCACUUGAAGAAGAAGAUGACCGGAGGAAACCGAUCUGCAGUGAAGCAGAUCCAACCGUGACAGACCCGAAGGAACCGGAUCUAAGGAAAACAAAACCAAAAGACUGUUGCUUGCGUUUUUUGUGUUUUGCAGGUAGUGGUGUUCCUCACAGCCGGCAGGGAAGGGAAGAGAAGGAGAAAGCAGGGCAGAUCCGCCUGCUUCCGGCAUCAGCGGCGGCGCGUGAAGCCACGCCACCGCCAGGAACGGUGGCGCGUUGGAACACGCGCCGCCAGCAUUCCUGCGCACGAAUUCCUGUAGUUUCAGUGGUUCCCUUGCAAAUUUCUGGAGUUUUGAGGACUGUUUUGUAAAAUUUGGAUUAUUUGAUGUAAUUUUUAUUUAUUUUUGAAUUUUAUAACUUGUAUUGUGGAUGUAAAAAAAAAAAAGAGAAAAAGAAAAAAGAAGAAAAAGCAAAAAAAAAAGAAAAGAAAAGGAAAACAGAAGACAAAAGAAUAAAAUAUAAUAAAAAAUGUGUGUUUGUGUUUGUUUUUUUAUUAUGUUAUAAAAAAUAAAAAAAAGGCAAAAAAAAAAAAACAAAAAAUGCAUGUUUGUAUUUAUUUCAGGAAUUUUUUCAUAACAAGACGGCAAAAGAAUAAAGAAGGAUUUAAUAUUUUGAUUGGAUCACGGUGUAGAAGUACAAACUUGUACGAAAGUUGUAUUUCUAAAUUCCGAUGAAAAGACAAAAUUUUUAAAACUUCUUUAACACA